AUGGUGUCCCAACUUGCGCCUGAACAGCUCGCUGUGACGCCUGUCACUCCGUCCGGCUCUGCACGUGAUCCGUUCGACUCUGACGCAGGAGAGAUAAUCUUGGACUCAGACAGCAUCAGCUCCAACACAUCUUCAGAUGACGCCGUCUCAGAGCCCACCAGACCCCCUCCGAUUGUCAGGCGUCCACCCCCUAAGCCUCCUGUUCAGCAUCAAACAGUCCAGACUGGGCAACAGGAUGAAAUCGCACCUGUUAUAUCUAGCCUACCAGAACAGGAGUUUAACGAGAAAUACCAGCCUGAGGGCUCAGACGUCGAAGCCGAUGCCGUGUCACCUGCGGUUGCGAUAAAGGAAAAGACAGACGAAACUGCACCUUCUGAUCGAAAUUACAAGGCUGGUCUUUUCUGCCGAAUCCACAACCGUUUCCGAAACACCUAUUGUCCGAAAGAGGAGCCACCCUUAGUACUUCCAACUUGUCCUAAUGAUGACGAGAAGCUUUCGUACAUUCACACCAAUCGGAUCUUGCUUUAUGCCUUUGGCGUUUUUUCGUUCCUAUCUUUGGGUGCCGGUAUGUGGCUCUUCGCUCUCUCUGCGCCCUUCUUCUACUGGUAUGGUGUCUUUGCUGGUGCCAUGUGCAUCUAUCUGAUCAUCUCCUAUGGUGUCGGUCUCAUCGGUAAGGACUGGGACUAUAAGGCGCAUAUUCAACGAGUUGAUGCGUACCCGAUCACCGAGGAAUCGGCACCUACCGUUGACAUCUUCCUCCCUUGCUGCUCAGAGCCCCUCGAAAUCUUGGAGAAUACGUAUAAACAUAUCAUAAGCCUCGACUGGCCUACAUCCAAGCUCAAAGUUUAUGUCAUGGAUGACAGCGCGCAAGAUGCUGUUCGCGAGUUGGCAGAGAAGUAUGGCUUUAUUUACCACGUCCGCGAUGAUCGACCUCGCCUGCGGAAGGCGGGCAACUUGCGAUGGAACUUUGCGCGCACCGACGGCGAGUACUUCGUAAUCUUUGACGCCGACUUCUGCCCGCGACCUGACUUCGUCAAGGAGCUUAUCGUUGAGCAUCUGGACGAUGAUAAGACUGCGAUUGUUCAGAGUCCCCAGUGGUUCCGAGUCACUGACGACCAGACAUGGGUCGAACAAGGAGCAGGAGCUACACAGGAAUUGUUCUACCGCGUCGUCCAAGUCAACAGAAACAGAUGGGGCGCUUCUAUCUGUGUUGGAAGCAAUGCCAUGUACCGCCGAGCUGCCUUGACUGAAGUAGGAGGUACUGCAGAGAUCGGAUUUUCCGAGGAUGUUCACACAGGUUUCGGCGCCGUUGAUCGUGGUUGGAAGGUCAAGUAUAUCCCGUUGUGUCUCGCCACCGGUGUUUGCCCUGCCGGUCCUCGAGCGUUCUUCUCACAGCAAAUGCGUUGGGCCAGAGGUAGUACAACUCUGCUCACUAAUCCUCAUUUCUGGACUUCAAACCUCAACUUCAUGCAAAAGCUAUGCUAUAUCUCCGGCUUCCUCUACUACUCAGCAGUGUCACUCAAUAUCUUCCUCUCACCUAUCGCCGGCACGCUUCUCCUUGCCUUCCGCUCAGAGUGGUUCAAGGCGUGGAACCUUGCAUUCGCUUUGCCGUCCAUCUUCUAUGGAAUUGUCGUUUUCAAAGUGUGGACCAAAGCUUCCUACGGCUUCAGCGUGCAGCACGUCAUGGUGAUCAUGUCCUAUGCAUACUUGACAGCUAUCAAGGACCGCAUGUUCAACAUCGAGCUGCUUUGGGCUGCCUCAGGUGACUCUAAAGCACAUAAGUCUAACAAGUAUCGCAACAUGCGUAUUCUUUGCUGGCUCUGGACUAUUAUUGUUACAGGUGCCAUGGCUGGUGUUGUGACGUGGAAGUUGUUAACAGGUUUCACGUGGUACCAUACUUUACCACUGAUGAUUAUUAAUCUCUAUAACUUCUAUAUUGCUCAUCGUUUUCUUUUCUGUAACUGGUAA